UUGGGCGUGCCUCCCCACCCUCCUCCCUCCGCGCAUCCCUCCCACCAUUUAUCUGUCGUUCGGUCUCUAAUUCAUUCGGGAAAGCGCCGUCUUCUCUCUCUCUCUCUCUCUCUCUCUUCUGUAAUCUUCUUUCCGCCGUUUGAUAUCGAUCGAGGGAAGAUGGGUCCAGGUCUCUACUCCGAGAUCGGCAAGAAGGCCCGAGAUCUUCUUUACAGGGACUAUCAGACGGAUCACAAGUUCACCGUCACCACCUGUACCUCAAAUGGAGUCGCAAUUACGGCUACAGGUACAAGGAAGAAUGACUUAAUUUUUGGUGAGAUCCAGUCCCAGAUUAAGAACAAGAAUGUCACCUUUGAUGUGAAAACAAAUUCAGAUUCAAAUGUUACAACUACAGUUACUGUUGAUGAACUUGCCACCCCAGGAUUGAAGACGAUUUUCAGUUUUGUUAUUCCAGACCAGAGGUCUGGCAAGGUUGAGCUUCAGUACUUGCAUGACUAUGCAGGGGUUAAUGCUAGUAUUGGAUUGACUGCCAAUCCUGUGGUUAACCUUUCUGGCGUGGUUGGAUCUAAGAACGUCUCAGUUGGUGCUGAUGUAGCAUUUGAUACUGCAACUGGUAAUUUUAUCAAGUACAAUGCUGGUUUGAGCAUCACUAAUACAGAUCUUAUUGCUUCACUUACUCUGAAUAACAAGGGAGAUAGCUUGAGUGCUUCCUAUUACCACUUGGUUAACCCUUUGUCAAGUACAGCAGUUGGUGCAGAGCUGAACCAUAGUUUCUCGAGCAAUGAGAACACACUCACCUUUGGUACGCAGCACGCACUGGACCCCCUGACUACAGCGAAGGCACGCUUCAACAAUUAUGGCAAGGCUAGUGCACUCAUCCAGCAUGAAUGGAAACCCAAAUCAUUUUUGACCAUCUCAGGAGAGGUUGACACCAAGGCCAUUGAAAACAGUUCAAAAAUAGGCUUGUCCUUGGUGCUCAGGCCAUGAAAGAGUCUUGGGUAUUAUUUGCUGUGUGCCUCCGUUUCAUACUCGAGUGGAAUAAGUUGAGAAAAGAUGGUGGCCUGGAGGUGUGGCAGUGUCGUUAACUUGAGUUAUUGUCUUUCUUGCUGGUACUUGUUUUGGCAGUUCAAAUGGAGGCUUUGGCUCUCCACUUGCUUUGAUACUAGUCUGCAACAAUAAUUCUUAUUCGGCGACUGGGGCCUGAUCCCGACCUGCUCACUUUUAAUUUUCUUCCCAGAUGUAAACUGGUUCAGAGCAGAGACUAACGUCAAACUGUUUUCGCUUGAUGCCUUGUCACAAGCAUUAUUAUGUCCUGCUUUGUCGUUUCCUUAAAAUUAUGCCAUUGCUUGUUUAUGGUGAC